AUGUUCAGAUUGCUGCUGAAGAAUUCAAUGAGACCCACAAUUCUAACUGUACGCAGCAGUGGCUCUAGCCAAUUGCUGAACAGUAGUAUACUGACUGCAUCGCGCGGGUUCUCUCGCACAAGGCCGCGGUUACACGGACACCUGCGGAAACCGGCAAAAGGUGAGGAGCUCAAGAUUUCGUUCAUCCUCAAGGACGGCACAAGUAAGACAUACGAAGUCGCAGAGGGCGACACGAUCCUCGAUAUUGCACAGGGACACAAUCUGGACAUGGAAGGUGCAUGUGGUGGGUCCUGUGCCUGCUCCACGUGCCACGUCAUCGUGGACCCGGACUACUACGACGCGCUGCAGGAGCCGGAAGAUGACGAGAACGACAUGCUCGACCUGGCGUACGGGCUCACGGAGACAAGCAGGCUCGGAUGCCAGGUCAAGAUGUCCAAGGAUAUCGACGGGAUCAGGGUCGCUCUGCCCCAGAUGACCAGAAACGUCAACAACAAAGACUUCAGCUGA